GGCAGCAAGCCCACCAUGAGCGACCACCUGCACGUGGGCCACGCGCACGGGCAGGUGCAGGUGCAGCAGCUCUUCGAGGACAGCAGCAACAAGCGGACGGUGCUCACGGCACAGCCCAAUGGGUUGGCGGCCAGCCGGCCAGGCCUGCCGGGUGUGGCAGAGCGGCAGCUGGACGGCACGCACCGGCGGCAGGGCUCCUCCGCCUCGCUCAAGUCCACGGAGGGCCUGGGCAAGGCCAAGGCCGUGCCCAUGACGCCCGAGCAGGCACUGAAGCAGCACAUGCAGAAACUGACAGCCUUCGAGCACCACGAGAUCUUCAGCUACCCCGAGGUGUACUUCGUGGGGCCCAGCGCCAAGAAGCGCCAGGGCACGGUGGGCGGGCCCAACAAUGGCGGCUAUGACGACAGCCAGGGCUCCUACCUGCAGGUGCCGCACGACCACGUGGCCUACCGCUACGAGGUGCUGAAGGUCAUCGGCAAGGGCAGCUUCGGGCAGGUGGUCAAGGCCUACGACCACAAGGCGCACCAGCACGUGGCACUCAAGAUGGUGCGGAACGAGAAGCGCUUCCACCGGCAGGCGGCCGAGGAGGUGCGCAUCCUGGAGCACCUGCGGCGGCAGGACCGGGACAACAGCAUGAACGUCAUCCACAUGCUGGAGAGCUUCACCUUCCGCAGCCACAUCUGCAUGACCUUCGAGCUGCUCAGCCUGAACCUGUAUGAGCUCAUCAAGAAGAACAAGUUCCAGGGCUUCAGCCUGCCGCUGGUGCGCAAGUUCGCCCACUCCAUCCUGCAGUGCCUGGACGCCCUGCACCGCCACCGGAUCAUCCACUGUGACCUCAAGCCCGAGAACAUCCUGCUCAAGCAGCAGGGCCGCAGCGGCAUCAAGGUGAUCGACUUUGGCUCCAGCUGCUAUGAGCACCAGCGCGUCUACACCUACAUCCAGUCGCGCUUCUACCGUGCCCCAGAGGUCAUCCUCGGCGCCCGCUACGGCAUGCCCAUCGACAUGUGGAGCCUGGGCUGCAUCCUGGCCGAGCUGCUCACGGGCUACCCGCUGCUGCCUGGGGAGGACGAGGGUGACCAGCUGGCCUGCAUGAUCGAGCUCCUGGGCAUGCCCUCCCCGAAGCUGCUGGACGCCUCCAAGCGCGCCAAGAACUUCGUGAGCUCCAAGGGCUACCCCCGCUACUGCACCGUCACCACGCUCUCUGACGGCUCCGUGGUCCUCAACGGGGGCCGCUCUCGGCGGGGGAAGCUGCGCGGCCCCCCCGAGAGCCGGGAGUGGGCCAGCGCGCUGAAGGGCUGUGAUGACCCGCUCUUCCUCGACUUCUUGAAACAGUGUCUGGAGUGGGACCCCACGGUGCGCAUGACGCCGGGCCAGGCCCUGCGGCAUCCCUGGCUGCGGCGGCGUCUGCCCAAGCCCCCGACCGGGGAGAAGGCGUCGGGGAAGAGGGUCCCCGAGAGCACCGCUGUCGCUCGCGUUGAGUCUGGUGUCUUCCUGCCUCCACUGUGUGCCCCCCAGACCGUCGACACGGAAGAGAGACGCUUCCGCUGCGAUCAUGACCGCGCUUCCAUAUUCCAGUUCUCGAAAGAACAGCAGCCGGCCCUCGCUCCUCGAGGGGGAUUUCCACCGUCCAAGGGAGAUGUAGCGGUUGAACGCCUGGUCUGUGUGUGGUACUGCCCUCGGGCCGUUAGCCUGGAGAGGGCUGUGCGUCGAUGUCCUCUGCGGCCUCUGCGUGUUCCUCGCCGUGCAGAGCGCCACGUCUUCGUGCCUGCCUUCGAGGCGGUGCAGGCGCACACGGGCGAGCCAACACGAGAGUGUUUGGAGGGACACUACGGUGGGGUGGCCCACGCCAACCAGAUCACCGCAGAGAUGCUGGUGAUGGCUUGUGAUGUAAGUGUUGUGCUCAGCGGUGUCAGACUGCCAGCAGUGGUUGGCCCUGGACUGCUGCAGGGUCAGCAAGGUGUCCGGAAAGGCCUCUACCCUGUGCUCGCCGUCAACAGAGGGUGGCAGCAUGUGGCAAUCCAGUCUGGAACACACCGUCCCCUGGUUUCUCCAUCACACUUGCUUCGAUUUGUGCGCACCGCCCUUGGCGUGUGGUGGGCGGUGGCUCCUGUCGCCCUGGGCCUCGGCGGGGCAGCCCCGCUAGUCCAGUCGGCUCGCUACUCAGCACUGCCACCACGACAGAACGGGCUGGUCUGCAGACAGGCCCGCAAGGAGCCUGGAUGUGGCUGGAGCCGCGAGCCAAGGUCCCGGGGCUCUGGCGCAUUCAUACGGCUCAGCAAACCUCGCCACGGCACAGGCCCUCCGGCCACCUGCGGGUGUAAGGAACACGCCGUGGCAGCAGGGCCACGCAUGGGUCAGCGUGUGGGAGUCACAUUCAGUGGCAGCACGGCCGCGUGUGUCUGUGUGUGGCCAUGGCCUGUGGGGCUUCCUGCCAUGGCAGAAAAGAUUUCCAAGCGCCUGCUGUGUGCAGAGAAGGAUACGCAGGGGUCACUCACCUUUGGGCGGGGACCCGGCAGUGUUGCUCCCGCUGACUCUCAGAGCUUCUCUGAGCCUCGUUUUCUCAUCAACGACCUCUUGGCGAGGCGCCUCACCCGUGAUCAGGGGGACUAA